AUGUUACCUCGAAGAGUUUGCAGGUCAGCCCUGUAUGUGGUAUUUCUUCUUUUCACGGCAUUGAUUUUACUACUUUUAGCCAAUAAACAUCAAAUUGUUGAUCUUAAUAAAUACGUGCCGUAUGAUCUUUUUGCCAGUACAGCACCGUCAUUCUUCCAACCACCUUCUGAUCUGUUCCUUCUAGAUAUAUCAAUAAAUGGCUGCAACGUUUAUAACUACAAGAACCCAAAUUGCGGUAAACCAAGUCCCGAGGAUGGAAAAUAUGGCGACUUGACUGAAUUCGAGGGAGGCUGGAUCAGAUUAAAGAAGGAUUUGUGCCUUGGAAAGUCGUGGGUUAAAAAGGAGAUCUUUUCGGUGAAGAAGAUCAAUCACAGUAAUUAUCAGAAAUUACUAAGCAAGACACAAUUGGACGACGAAGUGAUUGUUGACGUUGCUGUUCAGGAUCCUGAGAAUGAUGCCAAAAUUAAAGGUAAUGGGAAACUCAAGUUACCAAAACACGUAAUAGAAGAUGUUCAUAAGCAAAAGAAAUUUGAUGGAACAACACAAGAGAGUUUAAUGGAGCAAAACAAAGAUGACAUUCUCGAUGGCUCAACGCCUGAUUCGGCAAAGGCUAGCUACAAGAUUGGGGAAAUGAAUGAAAAGGUCAAUGCGGAAAAAGCGGGAGAAGCUAAACCUAAGGGCGACUCGACUGAUGAUGGAGAUGGAGAUGAGAAGCAUAACAAGAGAGAGAAGGUCUCAAGCAAGGAUGAAUUGACUCGCGUAUACUACAUACCUACAAAGGAAGAGUUGACAAAGAGUGGCUGGCAGUACAAGUCUCAUGGAAUUUGGGUCAAGUAUGGCCCUCAUAAUAGUAAAGACGCGAUUACUGCUUUUGAUAUCUUGUUUGGACUUGAUGCAGUAGACCCCAGACCAAAUUGGAAUUUGGUCAAAAUUCCAGUGAGAGAUGCUUGCAGUUCAAGUGGAAUUCCCCCUUUUAUAACCUAUCGCCGUGGACCAAAACUUGAUUAUAAGAAGGAAUUUGAUAAUCCAUUGGUUAUGAAUGAUAAUGAUGAGUUUAAGAUUCUUCAAGUUGCCGACUUGCAUUUUUCCACUGGUUAUGGGAAAUGUCUCAACCCUGAACCUGCUUCUUCGGCAUCGGGGUGUAAAGCUGACUCUAGAACAUUGGAAUUUGUAAACAAAGUGCUUGAUAUUGAGCAACCAGACUUUGUUGUUUUAACAGGUGACCAAAUCUUUGGCUCGAGUGCCCCUGACUCGGAAACAGCUGCAUUCAAAGCGUUGAGUCCAUUCAUUGAACGUAAAAUUCCAUUCGCUUUAGUGUUGGGGAACCAUGAUGCGGAAGGAUCCUUAAAAGCCAAGGAGUUGAUGGGAUUAUACGCUGAUCUUCCUUACAGUGUUGCAGCCAUGGGACCAGAAUCAAUUGAUGGAUUUGGAAACUACAUGACCACAGUGCAAGGCAAAUAUAAAUCAUCGGUUGCGCUAUCCUUCUAUUUCGUCGAUUCACAUGCUCAUAGUCAAAAUGAAAAAGUAUACCCUGGUUAUGACUGGAUCAAAGACGAUCAAUUAAUCUACAUGAAAGAAGAAGCAGAGUCAAUCAAAGAUGGAAUUUCGGAAUUUGAGAAGGAAAAAGCAAUUGAGAAUGGUGAAUCAAAGAAUAAAAAGCAUUUAUCAAUGGCAUUUUUCCACAUCCCCUUGCCUGAGUUUAAAAACACUAAAAAGCCGGUAAUUGGCGAACACAGAGAAGGGGUUAUUUCCCCAAUGUACAAUUCGGGUGCACGUGAUGCAUUCCUCGAUAUAGGUGUUAAAGCUAUAAGUGUUGGCCAUGACCACUGUAAUGAUUAUUGUUUACUAGACGAACAAGAGUCUGCAACCGAUGACAACAAAAUUUGGCUAUGCUAUGGAGGUGGAGUUGGGUUAGGUGGGUAUGGCGGAUAUGGUGGGUACGUUCGUAGAAUGAGAACAUUUGUGUUGAAUACGGCGAAAGGUGAGAUUAAGUCGUGGAAGAGAGCUGAAAAUGAACCUGAAAAGAAGAUUGAUGAGCAGGUUUUGGUAUCUGGUGGCAACGUUGUCAAUUGGAAGUAA